AUGACGCAGCAAAUGCAGAAUCUGCACUUCUCCAACUGCACGAAAAGAUGCAGCCCGGCUUCUCCGAAUGCCGCCAAGCGCCUCUAUCGCAAUCUCUCCAACAAGUUCAAAGGGAGCCACUCGUCCUUCGAGGAAGUGGGCCACGCCACAAGGAGUGAGAGGGAGCAGCUGAGGGGGUCUUCACUGAAUUUGCAGUGUAAUGACGCACUGUUCGAGGCAGUGGAGCAUCAGGACUUACAGGCAGUGAGGCUGCUGCUGAGUCACUACAGUCUGGAUGAGCUGGAUCUCAACACCCCCAACAGCGAGGGGCUGACACCUCUGGACAUUGCUGUCAUGACCAAUAAUGUUCCAGUGGCUCGCAGCCUCUUGCAGGCAGGUGCCGUGGAGAGUCCGCACUUUGUCAGUCUGGAGAGCAGAGCAUCACACCUGAGCAGCCUGAUCGAGGAGGCACGGGAGCGAGUGAAUGACCUGACGUCCCAGGUGCUGAGGGAGGCAGAUAACCCCAGCACGGAACAACGAAAGCAGCUCACGGCCUGGGAGUGGAGAUACCGGCUGUACAAACGGAUGAAGACAGGGUUUGAGCUUGCAAGGGUCCCAGAUGCUCCCAGCAGUGUGCGAUUGUCUGUAACCAGCAGUACUUCACUGAUGGUCACCUAUCAGCAACCACUGAGUGUUAACUCUGCCGUGGUCACCAGAUACAAAGUGGAGUGGAGCAGUGAGGCGGAUUUCUCAGGCCAGUGUGGAGAGACGAUUGUGGAGGACCCUGACUCCGUGAGCUGUACAAUCCCAGGCCUCAGCACGGGUCAGGUUUACUACGUGAGAGUGUCAGCAGCCAACAUGAAGGGCUGGGGACCCCCCCAGGCUGCGAGUCCGGACUGCACUGUCCCAUCCAACUGGAAGGAGGUGGACGGGAGAGCAGCCCGGAUACGGGGACAGGUCCGGCUGCUGGAACACCUGCUGCGCCGGGAGCGAGAUCGUCACCACCCUCACUGUGUCCGAGAAAACUGCAGGCCACAAAACGCCAGUCGAAAGCAGUCAGUGUCGCGGAGUCUGAAACACCUCUUCCAUUCUUCAACCAAGUUUGUGAAAACUUUGAAAAGAGGAGUCCACAUUGCUGCCAUCUUCUACUUCAAGGACAGUGUCCUGGUAACUACUGAGGAUCAGAUCCCGAUUGUGGAGGUCGAUAAUGUCCAACCCAGCUCCAUGAUGCAAGAGUUUCUCUGGUUCAGCAAGCUAUCCUGUGCGUGGGACGAGGUCGACUGGUUACGGCAGAACAUAUCGGUGUCCAUGUCCUCCUCCACGGUGCUGCAGGCACGGCACCGGAUACUGACGGCAGCAGCCCAGCUACAGGCCUUCCUUGGCACCCAGAACCUGGGCAAAGUUUAUUAUGAGCCCCUGAAGGACCGACAUGGCAACGUGCUGCUGGUGACAGUGAGAGAGCUGAAUGCCCAGAGCUCCUCCCCCGGCAGCCGAUGGAUUCCCUUCAGCAAGUUUCAGAGCCAGAGGAAGUCGCUGUCCACUCCAGAACAACCCACCGCUCUGGAUGUCCUGCUCAUCACCAUGCAGGAUGUCCUGACCUAUCAGAAGCAGAGUGAGCAGAGGCUGAACCCUGGGCUGUAUUUGGGCUACCUCAAGGUGAGCAGUUCUGUGGACCAGAUCAAGGUGCUGGUGCCAUCCAGGCUGCCCAACGUCCUGUGCCACGUUAAGGUGCGAGACAACAGCAAUGUUUCCAGGGAGGAGUGGCAGUAUCUGCAGGGGACGUGGAGGGACACACAGCCCAAAUCUCCGGACCACUCCGGUCAACAAUGGCCACUGUUUCUGUCGGAGCUGCAGGCGGCAGUGAGAGCUCUGCUCAGACACCUCAACCUCCCACUGCACCAGGCAGAGGAGUUCCGUGUGUUCACUCAGGAGGUGCUGGAGUUGGGUCACAACGUCUCCAUGCUGUUGCUGUUGCCCCCCUGCACCUUGGUCUGCACUGCUCCGGGACAGCCCACCCUUUACACCCCCGACUCCAGCUUCCUCAAGCUGCCGCUGCAGAUGUUCGAGCUGGUUCACUUCUGCACCUACCAGCAGGACUUCAUGGGGCUGUACUGCCGUGUGUCGGCACUGCUGGAGAUCAGCUCUCUCGUUUCCCAGCAGGCCUUGAGAGAGGCCAUUUCAGAUGAGGAGCUUCUUUCAGCCAAGCAGAGGGACCAUGAGGUGUCCGAAUCUCUCCAGCAAUUGGAUGGGUUGUGGCGUGAGGUGCGCUGGAUCAUGGACGUCCUGACGUAUGCACGCUACAAGCACUCCUCUGGGAGUCUCCCCAUCACCUGGCUCAUGAAUUCAUCGGAGGAAGCUCCUCGGCAGAAGAAUGAUUUGCUGUCCCCUCACCUAGACCACGUGCCCUCCUCUUCACCCUUGCCGGAGGACCAUCAAGGGAUGACUGUAAGCGGCUGGCGGCCCGGUUCGGACGACGAGAGCGGCUCCGAGGUUUUCCUGCCGACGGACAGCGACUCCGGCGAGGCACCGAGUCCGAGGGAGCCCGACCUGCUGGCGGCCUCUGCCCGUCCCUUCGGCCAGUGGCCGGCUCACGGCCUGAGCGGCAGCGCACCGGACAUCCUACGGCUGAGGGAGAAGAGCGAGGCGGCGGAGAGCGUCCGGGGGUCCGAGCCCGAUGUCCGGGGGCCGGACAUCAGCGUCCGGGAGUCCGAGCCCGGUGUCCGGGGGCCGGACAUCAGCGUCCGGGGGUCCGAGCCCGGUGUCCGGGAGCCGGACAUCAGUGACCUUCACUCCGCCUCCGGCCGCCGUGCCCACUUCAGACACAGCUGCCUGCAGCUGCAGCGGGCCCGCCCGCCCCCCGGCCUGUCGGAGGGUCUCUACACCCCGAGGCCCAGCCCUCCGCUCAGCCCGGACCCCCACCUGGGGGAGCCCCGCGGCCCCGGGACACUGCCUGGCUUCCUGAUUAAUGGGCCUCAGGCUGGGGGGGAGCAGCCGAGCGGGUCCCAGGGCCCCGACACCCUCAGCAGUGUCCUGUAGCGGCGGGAGCGGGGUCGGGCUGGGUCCGGCCGGCGGUGCUUCUCCAAACAGCCCGCUGGACUGGGCUCCCCCACCCCUCAUCCUCACCCAACCUCACC